CUCGGGGUGGAGUUCGCGGGCGGAGGAUGUGAGCUCACACGCUGGGAUUGCUGGCGGGCAGGCGGCCACAGUCUGGGGGCGGCACGGUGUCGGCUUGCAAUCCAGCUGAGAGGAGAGGCACCCCCGGGGACGCACUGAGAGCAUGAGGCUCUGGCCCCCACUGGCCACUCACUUGUGACCCUUCCACCACGGUGGAGCCUUCCAAGCCGACCUCCUGCCGUGUGGUGAUCUACCUGCAGCGGGAGAUGUCAGGGGAUACCUGUCUAUGCCCAGCCUCAGGGGCCAAGCCCAAGCUAAGCGGCUUCAAGGGAGGAGGCCUGGGCAACAAAUACGUCCAGCUCAAUGUGGGCGGUUCCCUGUACUACACCACCGUGCGGGCGCUCACCCGGCACGACACCAUGCUCAAGGCCAUGUUCAGCGGGCGCAUGGAGGUGCUGACUGACAAAGAAGGCUGGAUCCUCAUAGACCGAUGUGGAAAGCACUUUGGCACCAUUUUGAAUUACCUCCGAGAUGACACCAUCAUCCUCCCUCAAAACCGGCAAGAAAUCAAGGAAUUGAUGGCUGAAGCAAAAUAUUACCUCAUUCAGGGGCUGGUGAACAUGUGCCAAACUGCCCUGCAGGACAAGAAGGACUCCUACCAGCCUGUGUGCAACAUCCCCGUCAUCACAUCCCUGAAGGAGGAGGAGAGGCUCAUCGAAUCCUCCACCAAGCCCGUGGUGAAGCUGCUGUACAAUAGAAGCAACAACAAGUAUUCCUACACCAGCAACUCCGAUGACCACCUGCUGAAAAACAUCGAGCUGUUUGACAAGCUCUCCCUGCGCUUCAACGGCCGUGUGCUCUUCAUCAAGGACGUCAUCGGCGAUGAGAUCUGCUGCUGGUCCUUCUACGGCCAGGGCCGUAAGCUGGCGGAGGUGUGCUGCACCUCCAUUGUGUACGCCACGGAAAAGAAGCAGACCAAGGUGGAAUUCCCAGAGGCCCGAAUCUAUGAGGAGACACUCAACGUCCUACUCUAUGAGACCCCCCGAGUCCCUGACAACUCCUUGUUGGAGGCCACAAGCCGUAGCCGCAGCCAGGCUUCCCCCAGUGAAGAUGAGGAGACCUUUGAACUGCGGGACCGUGUCCGCCGCAUCCAUGUCAAGCGCUAUAGCACUUAUGAUGACCGGCAGCUCGGCCACCAGUCUGCUCAUCGUGACUGACAAGACCCUCAGGGAUUCAGGGCGUCGGACACCCUGUCUCCCCUCUUGUGGAACCCUGCCCCAUUGGCCAGCCCACGCUGCUGCUGGCUGGGUCUCUGCUCUAGCACCCAGAGGCAUGACAGGCACUGCCAGGGAGGUCCAAGCGCCUGAGCAGCAGUGGGGCCCCAUCCCUUUGCCCCGCUCCCUGAGCACUUCAGGCUGACUGAGUCCUGGCCCCUUUGCUCAGCGUCUCCCUCCCUGCCUGACAGGUAGCCGUUUCUGCCCCUGGGUGAAUGGACUGACCUGCCCACCUCCCGCUGAGAACAUUCCCCUUGGCCUUUUGCCGAUCGCCCCUUUCCUUUUCUGAAGGGCUGCCAUUAGGCCUCAGCUGAGGCUCAGGGGGAAUGAGUUUGUUCUGUGGGGAAGGUGGCUUCUGGUGCUGUGGAGACCCAGUUUCUUACAGAAGGUGGGGCUCCUUUUUUCCUAAGGUGUUUAAGCACAGGCUUGAUGGAUUUGGUUUUUUAAAAAUAAUCUAGGAAAUGAAUAGUUUUAAGUCUAAUAAUGAGGGAACUGGGUAUUUCUGCUACUCCUUCAGGGUGCUAAGACCCUGGGUAAGGCAGAACCCCUGGCCCUUUUCCAUGCCUUUGGGAUCUGUUUCUUUAAAGCACUUUGUACUUUUAUUCAGGAGAUUUGUAUUCAGCCCUGACCCACGUUGUCUCUUUCUGACCCUGAUCCCCUCUUCCCUGCAGAAUCAAACUGAGGGAGGGGAUAGAAGAAGCAAUAAAAGGAAAACUGACCAGCUUUGGCUGUGCCAGCUUGGCCCAGCAGCCAUCCCAGAGAGCGCUGAGGAAGGAAAGAUGUGUAAGUUGGGACCUGUGGUCCUAAUAACAUGCCUGUGAGAAAGGACAUUUUACCCCAACACCUUGGAGUCACAUAACUGACUCCCAGGUCUAUCGUGAUUCUACUUUUGGUUCUCUUGCCCUCAGCUCCAAGGCAUGCUGUCCUUACCUUAAAGCCAAAGAGCCAUCAUAGGGGCCAGGAGCUGUUUGGGGCCAGGAGCGUGAGCUGCAGCAGGAAGGCUGUGGAGCCCAUGGGCACUGCACUUGCAUGCCCAUCAGCCGAGGACAGUGAACGCAGAGCCCUGCACUCCCAGCAGCCCUGCGCAGAGGUGGCAUGUGCUUGGUCAUACAUCCCUCCUCCCCCCAUCCAUGCUACUGGUUUUGUGUCCUGGCUGGGGAUGGUGGUUCUGGCCAGUGGUGAGUCUGAACACAGGAUGACAUGAGCAGCCUAAGACCCUUGAAAGGUUUCACUUCUUUCUUGUUGGGUAACUUGACCAUGGGGAUGCCAAGCACCAACUCUUGGGCAAGGGUGUGCAUUCCUCUUCAGGGCUUUGGUUUUCAUUACCUUCUGUUUGGCUUGGCAUUUGAGAAGCCGCUUAUCUGAAUUCUUUUCCAAAGGAAUGCCAUUUGGGCGGGAGCUGUUCAGCUAGCCUAACAAAGCAGCAUAGCCACUCAGCAGUACACACUCAUUUGGGAAGGGACACAGGUUAUCAAGUUCAUCUCUCUUGACUACUCUUACUAUAUAGCUAAGUGGCUGCUCCUGGCUGACCCCAUAGAGCAUAGGCAAAUGCCAGGCCAGGGUUAGCAGACACUCAGAAGGACCUGAAAUGACAUGAUGGGGCAAGGGAAAUGUGACUCUAAUCAGGCAUUUCAUACUUGUUGCAGUCUUGAACAUACAAAAACUUUCAGGUGAGGCCCCCUGGUGAGCAGCUAGGAACAGUUCUUCCAGCCCUCACUGGAGUAACAAGAUGAAGAAAAAUCUGUUUCUUUGGCCAGAUUCCAGCUUUGGCUUUGUGGCUUUCUCACAGAGACUAGAAUGCUUCUGCCUGAGGCCUAUUUCCUCAGCUGCUCUCCUUUUUUUGUGUGUGUGUGUGUGAGGAAGAUUAUCCCUGAGCUAACACCUGUUCACCUGUUGCCAAUCCUCCUUUUUUUGUUGUUGUUUUUGCUGAGGAAGAUUGGCCCUGGGCUAACAUCCGUGCCCAUCUUCCUCUACUUUAUAUGGGAUGCCUGCCACAGCGUGGCUUGGUAAGCAGUGUGUAGGUCCGCGCCCGGGAUCCGAACCUGCGAACCCUGGGCCACCAGAAGCAGAGUUUGCAAACUUAACUGCUACACCACUGGGCCAGCCCACAGCUGCUCUCCUGAAGCCCUUUAACACUCAAAGUCCCAGCUCCCCACUGGGGUGUUUUAAUGUUUGUCCUUUGACCUCCCCAGCCCCUGUAGCCUCUCUUUACUGCUUUGACAUUCAGAUCCUCAGCUGUCUCAGUGGUGACUAGUCUUUCUUCCUGAGAAAGCACAAUAGUCUGGAACUCUGGGCACUUAUCUCCUUGGUCUUAAGAAAAAUACUAACAUUGAACUCAUUGAAGUAAUCUUAGGUUCUUUGAUCAGACUUCAUGGCAUAAGGGUUUGAGGAAUUUUCUUUGAGUUUUCCAGCCCUAUUCGGAACGCAGUUCUUGGCGGUGUGAAAUUUUCAACUCCAAGCAGCCCAGGGGAAAGUAAACAAAAAGUGUGGAUGAAGGUCAAAUCUUCUUGUCAGUUUCUGAGAAAACUGCUCUUAACCACACCUACCAGUAUUUGGUUUUAUUCAAUUUGUUAUCUGAUCAAGAUCUGCCUGAAGGAUGACACAGGUCCUGACAUGAGAGAACUUCUUUAUCAUGUAACUGCAAUUCUUUGUUGCUCAGCAUAGGUGAUGGAAACAAACACUAAUUUCUAAUAAAAUUGUGUUACACACCAGUGGUA